AUGGCAGUUUUCGCAACGGUGGAUUGUCUGCAUCUCGUGUGGAGCAAGAACCGGGAAAUCACAUCCCGGCUCGAGGAAGGUGGCCGCUUGGUGAGAGCGGUGGACGGCUCGACUUUCGUUAAGGCCAGCGAGGAGCACUGCUUGGAGAACAGGCACCUGCUAGAAGCAUAUAUGGUCCGCCAGCGUGGAGCGCGAAGCCUAGACGUCCCCGAUGUUGAAUCGCUGAAAGCGCAACUGAUCUCCCUCCAUACUUUGUACGCGAUGAACCGAGCGAAGACUUCGAAACGACCCAAAGCCCUUCUAGAAGCCACGGUGGAGAUUGUUGAAGCCAACGCCCAUCUUGAUGCGAAAGCAUUCAAACGAUUGCUUUCGUAUGCACGCCAGCGCUUCAUGAAACCGCAUCAGCCGAAGGAUGCUCAGUUGCACAUUGAGCUUUAUGGUAAAGGUGGCAAGAAGACCCGGUGGGAUGUCACAGAUGCUGAUGAAGCGGCUGGCAUUGAAGAUGCCUACGAGGAAGAUAUGGAAGAUGCUGAGGAGGAGGAGGCAGAGUACGAUCCAACGCUGGAUGUUGACCCUAUGCCUGAGCCGGUGCUGGAUGUUGCCCGUAUCCCUGAGCCGGUGCUGGAUGUUGCCCGUAUCCCUGAGCCUGUGCUGGAUGUUGGCCGUAUCCCUGAGCCUGUGCUGGAUGCUGUUAUCCCUCCACCUGAGGCCCCUGAGCCUCGGAGUGAUCCUCCUUUGCAAAAGAAGGGUGUGUUUCAUAUGAACAGUUCGACCUCGGUUGCUUCAGAUGCCACUACCCUUAUCCUUGGUCAAAGCCCCGCAACACCCAAGCCGAAGCUGUUGCAUGUGCCAUCCUCAUCGGCCCUUACGCCGUCCCCUCCAAGUCUUCCAGAUGCUUCACGUGUGGUGUUCAAAGAAGUGCUGUACGUGGCUGAGUCACCCAGAAAAAUGGUGAAAGCAGAGCCUCACGACGAGGCUUUGAAGCCCACCCUUUCCGAGCCAGAACCCAUGGACAAGGAAACUGCUAUGCGGGAGCUGGCUUUGCUGGAGGCCUACAGGAAGGAACAAUUGGCACGUGCAGCCGAAGCUCCCCAAUCUGAGGAGGAAGAAGGCGAAAUCACCCCAACCGAAGCAGAUGCAGAGGAGUCACAGCUAGGUGAAGCCCCAGAGCCAGAACCCAUGGACGAGAAAGCCCCAGAGCCAGAACCCAUGGACAAGAAAGCUGCUAUGCGUGAGCUGGCUUUGUUGCAAGUGCAGUUGCAGCUUCGAUCGGGAGCACUUGCCGAUGGACCUGCACCAGCUUCCAAGCCUGUGUUGGACACGGAUGACACACAGGCUAUCCGUCGUGAAGAACAGCUGGAUGCUAGGAAAAAACGCAAGGAAAUAGCUGCUGCCAAGAAAGCAGCUGCCAAGGACAAGGAAGCACAGGAGCUGGCCGAUGCCGAGGUUUGCCAGGCUCCGGGCCAGGCUGAGAGUGUUGAGCAGCCGGCAAAGAAGCGCAGAACAGCUGCCAAAAGCAGUUCGAAGAAGCCUAGGGUGCAGGAGGAUCCCAAAACAAAUGGGGAUGCCGUGUCUGGGGAUGCUUCGGUGCCUGAGGCGGCUACGGGAGAAGACGAGGCAGAGAAGGAACCCAAGGCGGGCAAGGGCUCAAAGAAAGGAUCGGGCAGAGGAAAGGGGAGAGGAAAGGGGAGAGGAAGGGGCACGGGAAACAAAGGAAGGGGUAAAGGCAGAGGGGCAGGAAGUGGCAAAGCAAAAGCAAAGAAAACGAAGAAAGGCAAAGGAAAGGGCAAGGGUGCUGAAGCUUCCGAGGCAGCGCCGGAGAGGAGAGUGUCUAAAAAGACAACCCCGGAGCGCAAGGAUGAGGACCCCAAGAAGAGAAAGCCGGAGAAGAUUGAGUUGAGGAAGCUCGUGGUUGCGACAAAUGCCAUUCUGAACCACUUUGUCAUUAUGGUCUACUGGACCCGACCUGGUGUGGGCAUCAAGCAGAUGUCAGACGGAAAGCAGGUACAGUACUUCGGGUCGAAGGGUGCAACCACCUCGAAGCUUUUGCAUGCUGCCAUCGAGUGUGUCAAGUACAUGGACAAGGAUCCCGAGGACAUCAAGGGCAUCAACCAGUUUAUCUACAAAAUCAAGCAACAGCUGAAGAAAGCGAUUUCCUAG